GAAGAAGCCUAAUUCUCGAGCCCAGCUCAGACUGGGCUCUAUGUGCUAUUGAGCAAUGCUGCUGACUCUGUUUCAAUUUAUACUUCAAAAAACAUAUGCUCAAGACCUAUUUGUCACUCCAGAAAAUACUACUAUCAAUACUGUCACAAGUUAUGGAUUCAGAAUUGAUGGGAUCUUAAGCUUAAACUCUCCUCAUACUCUUCAAGUUAUCAUUCCAGAAGGUGUUAGAAUUGAAGAAAGGUACUUAAACGACCCAAAAUCCUGUUCCCUCAAUAUUUCUAUCAGCGGUGGAGCUCCUUUCUUAAAAACACAUCAAUGAACUUACAUCCAAGAUGAUCUUGAGCUUUACAAACUUCAACUAUCCUCUGAAGAGCAAUAUUCUUACGUAAACGUCACUGAAAUAUCUUUCCAAACAAAAUCCAUCCUCACAAACCCUGACUCAGUCCGAUUCACCGAUUACUUCAAACUAACCACCGGGCCCUACCACCUCACCUCCCAUCCCCCCAUCAUCUACUCCCCUGCCACCCUCAUCUCCCUCACCGUAAACAAACUGGACCCAACCCCAAGCACUCCUACCACAAUGAGAUUCCACUUCCAGCCCCUGCACCCCCUCCCCUCCAACAGCUGCUUCAAACUCACCUACCCGCCCACGACCAGUUUCACUCACCCCACUCAGACCCCAGUUGCCUCCAUCCUCCUAGAUUCCACCUCCAUUUCCACGUUCAGUAUAACCCACGACCAACUUCUUCGUGAAUUUACAGUCUGAAAUCUCUUUGAGAGUAGAUUUAUUGGAGAAGUUACUGUAGAGAUAGAGGAUUUGACUAAUCCAGGACCAGGGCAGGAAUCUGGGGUGUUUAAGGUGACUACGUUAGUGCCUGGAGAGGAGGGGAAGUGGGACCCGGUGGAUGAGAGGAGUGAGAGGUUGGCGAAGGAGGAGUUGUGAGGAGUGAUUGAGGUGAAGGGAGUGGAGUUUAGUACGAAGGAGGUGGAUCAGGAGAUGUAUGUGACGAUUAGUGGUUUUGGAUGGGUAAGAGCGAAUGGGGACUCUUUGAGGAUUUAUGGGGAUUGGAACUCGGGAUGAGAAGAUAAUGCUUCAGGAGACCUUUGAUAUAAAGGUGAAGAAUCGCCGAACUGUACGAUGCAUUAUGGAUUUGUGAAUAAUUCUGCCAAAUGCUCUUAUCACAAUGGUUCAGAAUACUAUCUAGAGCUUCCAGGAUACAACGAGAGAAAUCAUAUAUAUACUGUUGGACCUUUUCAAAAUCCUCUGGGAGCUAUAAAGAAAUCUUUUGGGAAGCUUCAGGUUUAUGAUCAAUCAAAUACCCAGAUAAUGCAACAACUGACAGAAAAUGCAUACACCACCAUACCUCGGACUAUUAAUGUAAGCUCAGCUAAAAGGAAUUCUGAAUUAACUCAAGUUGCUCUCACGGCAAACUACACACUCUCUUUCAUCAAUCCUACAAGAAUGCUAAGUGAUAGCACAAUCACUCUGAUAUUCCCAUCCGAUCAAGUCGGAUAUAAUUCAGGUACGGCUUGCUUCAAUGGAUCAAAUAACCUCGGCUGUACACUCUCUGAUUCUAACUCAACUCAUUUCCAAACUACCAUCGCUCAGUGGUGUAAUGCUGGUGCUGAAUGAGCUGCUGGAUCUACCCUAAGUUUCACUCUUGCUAAUGCUAUGAAUCCAAGUUGGGUUGUGAGCCCUCUCACUUCUUCAGUGAUCAUUAAGACCACGAAUGUCCAAUUGACAGGAUCUCCAACUAUUGACCAAAUAACGAGUGGAGUGCAGUUCAGUCCAACACUCACACCAGGAACUUUGACAUCAUUUUCAGUUACAAAAGAUUUAGCAACAAAUAAAGUUGGUGAAAAGACUUCUUACAAUAUCACCUUUGCUAUUGUGACUGCAAUCCCUGCAGAUGGAAAACUUGUGCUGACAUUCCCGAGUGCAGCUGUUUAUAAUGCUGCUUCAACAAAAGUUACUUGUAAAAACUCUGCUGAAAUUUUGUUAGCUUGCUCUAACACUUCUGAUUUUAUAAAUAAUAUCAAAACUAGGAUUAUAACCUGAACUUGCACUUCUGAGUGAGCUGCAUUAAGCACAAUUCUUAUUCAACUAGAGGAAGUCUAUAAUCCAGGAUCUACAAAUCAAACCUCCACAAGUUUCGAAGCUCAAACCAAAACUACUGAAGGAUAUAUGAUUGACACUGGUCCUGUGGGUACAACUAGUGAAUUUAUUCUUAUUCCAAAUUCUUUCACAUCAGUAACCACGAAUUCACCAACGGCUAGCAUUGUUGUUGGAGCCAUUACGGAAUAUAAGUUUACAAUUGUGCUGAAGAAUGCCAUCCCUUCAUCUGGUGGUAAACUUGUUGUCAUAUUUCCAUCCCAAUUGGCUGUUCAGUCUGGAGGAACUUGCACUGCAGUUAUUUCUUCUACCAGCCAUACUUGUGCUGUUAGCAAUGAUGACAAUACUGUCACUGUAACGUUUAACUCAGAUGCAGCUGCAAGCUCAAGCUUGGAAGUCGCAAUUAUGAACGGAAUCAAGAAUCCAACUGUUGGACAGCAGAGUGAUGCAAUUAUUUUCAAGUCCACUGUCACUGGAUCGUCCACAACCUACGAUAUUGACGAAGAUUUGACAUCAAUCAAGAUACAGCCGAAUGUUUAUGGAGAACUUAAGGAAGCUUAUGUCCAAAGAUUGAACAACACAUUGAUAAAUUCAGAUAAUGAUUUGGAAAUUAAAACCUAUAGCUCUAAUGAAAUUCUAUCUAAAUCAACUAUUAAGAUUGAGUAUCCUUUCGACCAAGUUCAAUUAAGUGGCAAUAUUCCAUCUGGGAUAGAUCUUAUAGAAUUAGCUUCUGCUGAAGAUGACCAGAAUGACGAUGAUCUUUGAGUUUCAAACCUAGCUUCUCUAAAAUUCUACAAAAUGUCAGAUACAGGAAUGGGAGAUGAGCUGUGUCCUAAAAGCAUAACUUCUAACACAACCCAUCUCAUUGUAAUUAUUCAAGAAUGGUGCUCAGAUGGAAUGAAUCCUUGCUUAGCAGAAAAAGCAAACGUUUGGUUUAUAACUACUGGACUUAAGAACCCUCCAAAUCCAGUUCCUCCAAAGAAUUCAUUCGGAAUAUUUAUCGAUUCCAAAGAAGGAUACAUUAUUGAUGGAAUUUCAUCUGGACUUUAUACCACCCCAGAUAUCAGCCCAGGAAAUUUAUCUCUUAUUGAAAUUUCCAGAAAUUCUUCCUAUGUAGGAGAUAUAACUAACUACACUGUGAAAUUUGAGACCCAGAUAAGUAUCAAGGAGCCUAACGGAGUAUCUCUCUACUUGACCUUCCCCCUUGGUCUGCUUUACCAAGAGGAAACCUUGGCUUGUACUUUUAAUGGAAACGAUGUAAGUUCGGAAUGAAAUGCAGAAUAUUGAGAAACAUUAUAUGGGAAAGGAGUUAAAGUUUUAAGAAUCCCAAUGAAUUGCCCUGCAGACUCUUGUGGAGUUGAAUCCUACAAUGUUACUUUUGUAGGAUUUAGAAAUCCUUUUAGUACUGAUAAACCUACUGGGAGUAUAAGUGCUUCAAUCCAAGGAUCUAAUGGAAAUGGUAAUAAUUAUGAUAAUGAUAUCCUCUCUGAUUAUAAAAUUGAGACUGAAGCUAUUUCGCUACAAGAACUGGAAUCUAAUGUCUGAACUGGAAAUGGCUCCUGGAUUGAAAAUAGAGUUAAUAGUAAUGCAAGAAUAUUGAUUGAUCUCACUUUAAAAACAAGAAUACUAUCUGACUCAAAAAUAAUUAUCAAGAUAACCAAUGAUAUAUUUGCUAGAACAGGUGAUUCAAUACAAUGCGCCAUAAAUCCACCAAAUAAUCCCGAAGAAGCCCAAAACUGCGCCUCAUCUACCACCGAAAACACCCCUACUGGCACCAUUCUCCAACUCACAAAACUCUGCUCUCCCGAACCUUGCCCUACAGGCACUCAAAUCUCCAUCACCAUCCCCCGUGGCUUCACUACGCCCUCUUCCAGCACCCCCUCCUUAUCCAUCACCACUCUCUCUCCUUCCUCUCACCCAAUAGACGAAUGCUCCAUCCCCUUGACCCAAGCAGUCCAAACUCCUAUUGCCACAGUGGACUCAGUCAGUCUUUCCUCAGAGAAAGUAGGAAUGGAUACUUCACUCAAGAUAUCAGCUAGUUUUGAUUUUAGUACUUUGAGUACAGAUUUUGUGUCCAUGGAGUUUAGUGAGAGGUUCUUGAUAAAGGGUGAGGAGGAUGUGGAGUGCGGGAAGGUGGAUUCUGAUGGGGAAGUUGUUGGGGUGGUGGAGUGAACAUCUAUUCCCAACCCCGACGAUGAAACAGACCAAGAAGAAAUUUCAAGCCUCGAAAUCAAAGAAGUGCUAGAAAAUUGAGAACAAGAUUGUAAAGUUGAGGUUUUGGUAAAAGGACUGAGAAAUUUACUUGUGCCGCAAGAGUAUGAAGGGGUUUUGAGAUUUGAAGUUAGAGAUGAAGAUGGGAAUAGUAUUGCUGAUAGCACUUAUGAUUUGAGUCAAUUAAGUGGAUUGAAGGAAAGUGAUUUGAAGGAUGCAAGCGUUGAAAGGUCAUCACUUAAGCCAGGUGCUUCUUCAGAUUUAAAAGUUUAUUUUAAAACUUCUGGAGUUAUUUUGAAAGGUUCUUUAAUAAAAAUUGACCUUCCAAUAAACCAGAUAAACCUCGAUGGUUCUGAAUUCAAAUGCAUAGACUCAUCUACCGACACAGAAUUAUCCUGAACUACUCUAUCUACCUCCCCAACCCACUACUCCCUCACCAUACCCUCCUGGAAAUGCACCUCCGAAAACUGCCCACCAGACCACCCCUUCAACCUCACAAUCUCCUCCUCCCAAAACCCCCUUGACCCUCCCUCCACUCCCACCCCCUUCUCUAUCUCCAUCCUCUCCCCUUCCUCCACUCCCUUGGCCACUACCACAGUCCUUCCCACUACUCCUCUAUGAAUCCCUUCAAUCUCACCCUUCAAAAUAACCCACUUGGCGCAGCACGCCUUGACCAAUAGGACCAAGUACAUUAUUUCCUUCACUGUUGGCGAACAGGUCCCGGCUGGGGCUAAGAUAGUUCUGAGUUUUCCAGAAGGGAGGAUUAGGAAGAAUGGUGAGGUGUUUGUGGUGAAGAGUGGUGCAGGUUUUGGGGAUAUUGAGAGUGCUGGUGCGGUUUAUGAGGAUGAUGAGUGGUUGGUUGGAGUUGAGCUAGAUGAGUUUUGUAUUGAUGGAUGUGAUGCUGGAGAUUUUGAAGUAAUGAUUGCACAAGGGAUUAAGAAUCCAGAAGGGGGAUUUGAGGGAAGUGGAGAUUUUGGAGUGGAGAUUAGGGAUAGUGAGGGAGCUAUGCUUGGGAGAGGUACCAACUCCGAUGUUUCCUUCCAAAAGCCUAAUCUGUUAGAAGCCUCACUCUCCAGAUCCACCAACGUGGUCAGACAAAAGGUUGAUCUGACUGUCAAAUUUAGCCUAAAUGCUGGGAUUGACCCUCCAUCUCUUCCUGAGUAUGAUAAAGUAAUCCUCAAAGUUCCCAAGGCAGCAAUGGACAAACACCAAGAGUUCACUUGUUCGAAAGAAGGUAAUCCAGAUCUUGGGUGUCAGGACCUUACUGAUGAACAACCUGAUACAGAGUACUAUGUCGUCCAGAUCAAUGGGUUAUUCCUAGUUGAUGGAUCCAAUGAUGGCUCACUUGUUCAUUAUGAGUUUGUUGUACAAGGCUUCAGAAAUCCACAAUCUCUGGAAGCUAAUGGUGUAAUGACUAGUUGACAACUGAUAACUACUACUGUAGAUUUGGAUUCAAUAGAUGCAAUAUUCUCAGAUUAUAAAUUUGACGAAGACCUUGUUCUAGGUGUAAUGAAUGAAUAUUCAGUUAUUCAUCUAAAUCAGCAUUCUUUAACUUUAGCAACUCAGUACAUGAUUUCAUUUAAAACUUAUUCAGAAAUUCCAGCUGGUGGUAAAAUAAUUAUUAAAUUCCCUGAAGGAAGACUUAUGAAAAUUCCUGACCAAGAUGUUGCUAUCCAAACUGAAUCUAGCGAAGAAACUGAAAUCUUAGAAAUAGAUUAUACUUAUGACAGCACAGGAAGCUCCCUUACCAAAGUUAUUAUAACGAACCUCUGCCCAACUACCUGCCCUCCCCAAUCUUUCCAAUUCAAAAUCUCCUCAGGAAUCCAAAACCCAAACCUCCCCUACCCCACAGACGGCUCCUUCACCACAAUCACUACAGAUUCCACUUCCCUUCCCAUUGACCAAAGUACCUCCUCUUCCCUAUCAAUUCCCUUCUUCACCCCCACUCCAUUCCCAUCUCCCCCACUCCAAAACACCAUGACCAGGAACACCUCCUUCGCUCAUGCUGAAGUCAGCCUGACUGUAAGCUUAAGCCCAAGCAGUGGUGGCUGGAGCAGUGUGAUGAAGGAGCAAGGAAAAGUAGUGGUCAAGGUGCCGAAGAAGGUAGUCGUACGGGACAGUGAAGUUAUGUGUGUGGCUGGAGGAGAGGAAUUGGAGUGCGAGAGAAGGAUGGAUGGGGAAUAUGAGGUGGUGAUUGUAGAGGGGGUGUGAGAGAGGAGAAGUGAGGAUUGUGAGAGUGGUGGAGUGGUGGAGUUUGUGAUUAGAGGGUAUAGGAACCCAGCGGUUGGGGCUUAUGGGAGUGAUGGGGUUAGCUGAGAAGUCUUAAUUGCAGAUAAUGAGUUGUAUUAUCAAGAGAGGAGUUAUUUAAGUUAUUCGCCAAAUGUGAAUUUAGAAAUUGAACAGUUUGCUUCGUAUGAUAUUAGACCUUUAGAGAAUUCAUACAUUUCAGAUUCAGCCGAAUAUGUUAUAAGCUUUGAUACUACAAUAAAAAUACCUGCCAAUGGUAAAAUAAUAUUCACUUUCCCAGAACAAAGAAUUUUCAAAGAUUCUUCCUCCACUCUCAUUGUCAGAAAUGAGGAAAAUUUAGAAUACACACCUUCAGAAGAUGAAGUACAUUAUGACGACACUGGCACCUGGCUGACUAAAAUUGAGCUGACUUCCCAGUGUAUAAGUGCUUGAAAUAUUGGUUCUUUCUCAUUUAAUAUUUCUGGAGGAAUCAAGAAUCCUUACUAUGUUCCAUCAUCCACUGAUGAAUUUAUCACAGAAACAACAGAUUCAUCAGGAGCAGUUAUAAAUUACGGUAUAAUACAAAACUCUGCUGUCUUCCCAAUAUUACCAACUAUGAUGACAGAUCUAAUUUCUGUUAGCAGAAGCAAUGAUUUAUUGGAUACUGCAGUAACUCUUACUGUUAAAUUUAAACCACCUGAAACUAUUCCAAGAGAUGCUAAAAUUCUUAUUGGAAUUCCUCAUGAUCAAAUUAAUCCUACGGGAACAAGUUUGAUCUGUAAGAAAAGAGAUUCAUCCAAGGAGCAUAACUGCUCUGAUGAAAUUAUUGGAGAUCAAUUUGUAGUCACUAUCGAUAAAUGGUGUUUAGAGUCAAAGGAAACCUGCACAUUGAAUGAUCCUCUUAGCUUUGAUAUUGAAGGAUAUAAAAAUCCUAAUUCUUUUAUUGCUAAUAAUGCUACAACUAGUUGGAAAAUUAGCAUCACUACAGACAAUUCGAACCUUAUUGAUUUUAAAGAAACAGCCAUUAAACCUUCUCCAGAUUUGCAUGGAAUUCCUCCAAUCAUUCAACUAGUGUCUCUCUCUGACAGCAUGAUAAAUGCAGAGACAACUAUUCUAUUCAAUUUAUUCCUAAGUGAGAGUCUGAGGGAAUCCUCUACAAUUACAUUUAAAUUUCCUAAACAAUUUGCCAAAAUUCCAUCCCAAGAAGAAUGUAACGAAAUUCCUCCUUUAUCUCGAAGCCUUUCUUGCCAAUAUACACAAGACAAAGAUGGUUAUAUUGAUACUGUUACAAUAACUCUUGAUUGAAAUUCUCCAAAUUGUAUAACAUCAGCAAACAGAGCUUUCUUAAUAAACAUUCGGAAUAGAGGAACUACGAGAGCUGUUGGUGGUGACUUCACAUUUACAACCAGAACUGCUUCAAAAGACUUCGGAUUGGCAGUUUACGAAAACACCCUUAUCCAUUCUCCUUCACCUCUUAUCUUUGCAUCAAUUAUGAACUAUAAUCAGACUCCUGGUUCAGAAGCGCAGACUGACUUUUUGUUCAGAAAUAGUUCUGAGAUCCCUCAGUAUUCAAAGAUUAACAUUUAUUUACCUCCAGAAGUUGGGUUCAACAGAGCUCAUUGAUCAGACUCUGAAUAUAUUAAAGCCAUAGUGUUUGGAAACUCGAUGACUGGAAGUUGUGUAGUGGAUGGAAGUUCAAAUAACAAAAUCAUAAUCUCUGGUCUCUUUGAUUCUGCUAUAACAGAGACUACAAACCAAGAGAUCAGGGUCACUCUUAACAACAUGAUUAAUCCUCAACAGCAUUUGAUCAAAUCAGGAAAUUUUAAUAUCAGCAUCAGUGACCAAGAUGGGAAUUUGAUCGAUGUACUCACUUAUGAUGCCAAUAUAUGCUCUUCCUAUGUGCAGUCGAUGACUGUAGAGAAAUUGGAUGUGUCAAAUAAAACAGUUGAUUCCACAUUCUUCUUGAGUUUUUAUGAUGAAACUGUUAAGGAAUAUGAAAAUUGCACCCUAAGAAUCAUCCUUCCUCCAGAAGUAGUACAAUCUCAAGAUUCUAAAUUUAAUUUCAUUGAUGAUUUUGGAUUUAGUUCGGAAAAGGAGAUAUUGCCGUAUGAUCCUAAUCUAGGAAUAUUAAUUGUUACAGGAUUUGAACAAUCAGUACACGUAUUUGAAAUAGGUCCGCUUAAAAACCCACUAGGGGCAAUUACAGUCUACUGGAGAUUUGAAAUUUAUGAUUCUGGAAAUCUUGAAAUCUGAAAGACUGAAGGACUUAAUCACACAACUACAAUAAACACCUUUGAAAUAACAAGAAAUGGUCCAAAAACUGUAGCCCAAACAUCAAAUUGCACCGUCAAAUUCAGUCCUGCAUCCCGAUUCCUCAACAACAGCAUUGUCUCUCUCAUUCUUCCGUUCCAACAGAUCAACUAUGACAGUUCAACGAAGGUCCAAAUCUCUUCGGAUGAACUAUCUGCCUCAUUUUCAGAUCUAAACGAAACUCAUUUCAAAGUUGAGAUCAAGAAUGUAUGCAGAGAGGCGGAAGAAUGUGCUGAGAAUACUUUGUUCGAGCUGGAGCUUGUAAAUGCGAUUAAUCCAGGAUGGAUUUGACCUUUGAAUGAAAGAUCAGCUGUAAGUACUCUGAAUCCGAGGUUAGCAGGUAUUCCGACUAUUGAUGAAUUAGUCACGUUUGUGGAGGUUGGGAAUGAACUGGCUGAGGGGAGCCUUGGGAAUCUUCAAAUUAGGAAGGAGCUUUCUGAUGUUGUAGGACAAGAGACUUUGUAUAAUGUUUCCUUUACGACAGUCACGGAUAUUCCAAAAGGAGGGUUUAUAGUGAUUGAGUUUGAAAAAGGUACUGUGUAUAAGUCUACAAGUGAGGUUAUUUGAAAGAGAAAUGGGAUUGUUACAGACUUGAAGUGCGAAGUUGUUAAUGAGACCGACGGGAAUAUUCUGAAUAUAAAUAUAACAAAUGCAUGCCCUGAAGGAUGAGAAAGCAAUACAUAUUUUGAUAUCACAAUUGAAAAAGUAUACAAUCCAAGCUCAAUUAAAACUGAUAAUAAAAAUGUAACAGUUAGAACAAUGACAAGCCAAAACUGUCCAAUUGACUCAUCCAAUUUCACAAUUCCCAGAAGCAUAACUUCUGGCUCUUUUACAAUCAUCGAAAAAGUCCACCCACUUACCAUCAAAGCCAACAAGCUCGAAAACUACACCUUCACAAUCCAACCCCUCAACCCAAUACCCCACCCACAAGGUUCCUUAACCAUCACCUUCCCCACAAACUUCACCCUAUCCCCUACCUGCAGUAUCACCUCAACCUCCUCCUCCCCCUCUGGCCCCUUCUCCUCCUUCUCCUCCUUCACUACCACUCCCAGUCCUGCUUCCUUCACCAUAAAAUUCUCUCUCCAAAUUGAAGCUGGUUCAACCCUCACUGUGAAUCUGACUGAAUGUAUAAGGAAUCCUAUGCCUUUUAAACCAAGUGGAGAGUAUCCUACUCUCGAGGAUGCCAAGUCUCCAGUUGUGUUUAAGUCAGAAGUAAAGAAUGAUACAGGAGUGGAGAGCACUAUUGAUUAUGAUAACGAGAGUGUGAAGAUUUAUACGGAUGAUUAUGGAGAUUUGAAUUCUGUGAGUGUGAAUAGAGUUUCCACUGUAGAUGGUAACGGUGAUGGAAUGAAUGAAGAAGUAGAUAUUAAUAUAACAUUUAAUAACUCUAUGCCAAUCACACUUAGAAGUCAAAUUUUUAUUUAUAUUCCGAGAGAUCAAUUUGAGUUAACAGGAGAAGAUCUAAGUGCUAUACAGCAUAGCCCAAUCGGUAUAGGUAGACAACCCAUUGUUGAAUUUUUGUUUUAUGGAAGCUCAGAUUGCAAAUAUGUUGAAUUGAGAUUUUCUGAAUUUUGAGCUGCAGAAGGCGAAAAUACAUUUUGACAAGAAAAUAUAAUCACUAACUUAACAAUCAAAGGAUUUAAAAAUUCUCAUAAACCUGGGAAAGGGUUGAACUCUUUCAAAGUAUUUAUUGGAGCAACAGCAUCUAAAAGUGAAAGUAAAGAAGAAGGUAUAUUUGCUUAUCCUCCAAUCAAAGCUAGAUCUUUGGAACAGCCUUCAAUAAAUAGAAGUUCUAACGUUGUUGCUGCUUCCACUUCAUUAACAAUAGGAUUUAAUUUGCAAAAUGAAAUCCAAGAAUCUAAUGGAGUAUACUUCUUGUUCGAACCUCCUGAAGAAUUCUUAUUUGAGGAUUCUAAUUUCUCCUGAUUCUUCGAUCAAUCCGAUGUGACUAGUGGAUGUCUUGUAGAAUACAAUGACACUUCUUGGUAUGCAAAACAAGUCAACUGGAUUAGAGUCCCAAUAGAUUGCUCUUUAGGCUCCUGACCCAUUGGUGAGCAUAAAGUGACCAUUUCAGGUUUAAGAAAUCCUUUUACUAACAAAAUACUUGAAGGAGUUAUUUCUCUGAAGACUCAAUCUAAAUAUGGUUCUGAAUAUGUUACUUAUGAUUCGGUAAAUUAUUCUCUUGAAAUCGGUUCAGAAGGAGAUCAUUUAAGAAAUCUGAUCCCUAAUACAUGCAGUGCCACUAUCGAAAGAUCAUCUGUUGAACCAUAUGACCCUGUGGAACUCGCAGUGAAUGUCAGAACAACAAAGAAGAUUUCUUGCAACUCUUUCAUCAGAAUCAUGCUUCCUUAUUCAGAGUUCUUGAGGACUGGAGAAAGAAUUAUUUACAAGAAAAGAAGCGAAUCUGGCAGGGUCAUGAAAAUAUAUCCUGUCCAUGAUGGCAGCACUGUUGAUAGACUAUGGGUAGAAUUUCCUGAAUUUUGAUGUGCAAAUUCAGAUACUUUAGAAGAACCUGGGUAUUGAGAAGAAGGAUCUAAUAUGUCUAUUAUUAUUCCUCAAGGAUUCAGAAAUCGUAAUGCUGUGCAGGAAAAGUUAGCAAAGUCUUUUAUAGUUAUGAUAAUGGAUAGCACUAGGGAGAAUACUCUUGAAACCUAUACUAAGUUCAGAGAAAAGGAUUCUCUGACAGCAACUCAAGUAGAUGUUACUAGCAUCACAGUUGCUCUUGAAAAUCCCUUUAUUGGUUUCAGCGGUUAUAUGGAUAUCUCAGCAAUUCAUGGAUUCACUGUUAUCCAAAGUGACCAAAUUGUGAUAUAUUUUGAAGCAGAGUCUGAGCUGAAAUCAGAUAAUGAACUAUACUGUUCCCGGAUAAUUGACGGAGUGGCAUCAAACAUCUCAUGUAUUCCUUCAUUCAAUUCUGAUGAGUAUCUAGUUAAACUAAUAGUUGAUGUGCAUUGUCCUUGUGAGAAAAUGUCAUUAUAUACAUUCAGGAUCCAUAAUAUACAUGAUUACCUAAAAUUCAGUGGGAACAUGAAAUAUGAAAUUAGAGUUUGUGACCAGACUCAGCUAUCUGUACUAGAGAAUGAAGAGGAUGGAUGUUUUAGCAAAGGUGUUGGAAGUGGCAGUCUAAACGAAGGUAUUAGUCUUACUGCUGGAGAUUUGAGUGAAGUAAAUAUUGAAAGAUCUAAUAAUGUGCAAGGUGAAUCUUCAGAUCUGAAAAUAUCGUUUAAGACUCUUGGGAUUAUUCCUGAGGAAUCGAAGGUUAAGAUUGAAUUGCCUUUCAAUCAGAUUCAACCUGAAGGUAGCUCUUUUACUUGUUUUGAUUCUUUAAAUGAUAAUCCAAUUGUUUGAAAUACAUUUAAAGAAGAUUCCUUAGGAUACAAUUAUGUAAUUAUUCAAGAUUGGGAUUGAAUUGCUGAUGGAUGAGAAGCAAAUAAAGACUUUCAAAUAACUAUAAAAUCAUCGAAGAAUCCAAUAACCUCUGUUCCUUAUCCAGAUCCAUUAGUGAUAAGCUUCUUCAUAUCAUCAGAUACACUAUUAUUCAGUUCAUCAUCUGAAAUAAAUGCUUCUUCACAACUUGAAGUUGGCAAAUUUGAUAUUCACAAUAUCACUCACAAUACCCCGCAAUACUCAUCUACAACAGAAUAUAUAAUCUUUUUCAAGCCUGGACCCGAUUCAGAAAUUCAAGUCAAUGAUAGAGUAGUGUUUACUUUUCCAGCUAAUAGAGUUCUCAAGUCUGAUUCUUCCCUACUUUUAAAAAGAGAGUUUAUCAUAACAAAUGUUGAUGAAUCAUACGAAUUUAAAAUUUCAGAAGGUAUCAAGAAUCCAGACUCCAGCUACAAUUAUGAAGGCUACUUUAUUACUGAAGUCUUCGAUAGUUCAGAAAAGGUUCUCUAUAGGAAUAUGACAAAAAGUUCAGACCUGAAAACUCUACAACCGCAGCAGAUAGCAGCUUGUAUUAAGAAGAGUAUUGAUGAACCAGAGGAAGAAACUGUGCUAAUUGUUAAGAUUAAAGAUGAUACCCACGAUUCUGAUACUAAUAAUAUAUUAGAAAAUCAGAAAGUGUUGGUGAAGAUCCCAAUCUCUCAAGUGAUAAUCGAUUCAGCUAUAACCUGUCAUCAGGGAGAUUGAUCUCAAAGUGUAAUAUGCUAUCUAGAGACUUCUGAAGAAUACCAUACCAUUACUCUGCUAAAUCUGGACACUAAUCAUAAUGAAAAAUGCACAUUCAGAACACCAGAUUUAAUUAUCAACGGUCUAAAGAACCCCUCUUCCUCGACCACAGCAGACACAUCACCUUGGUCAGUUCUUAUCGCUGACUCAAAUUCCAAAAUCAUCAAAGGGGCUUCUAAUAUAACACCUGUCCUGAGCACUCCCACAGAUGCACCCUCAAUAGAAAAAUGCUACUUCUGCUGCAUAGAUUCCAGUUGCUAAAUCUAAAAUUCAAUAGACCUAA